UUUACUUUCCAGUUUCCACCAUAGCUCGUCUUGCUGCUCCCUCACAUUUUUCUUCCCCUUUUCUCACGAUAGUUCCUCCAUCUGCGCGAGCAUUUGGAUUGCGAAAACGAAAUCUUCGCCUGGAGCAACUUUGGGGAUGAUUUCCUGCUAUUUCUGCGCGGUGUUGGUGGUCGGACUUGUGAUCGGAGUAUCACCGGCAAAUGGAUUUUACCUUCCCGGCGUUGCUCCACGUGAUUUUCGGAAGGGCGAAACCUUGGAGGUGAAGGUGAACAAACUUACCUCGACGAAAACUCAAUUGCCAUAUGAUUACUAUUUUCUAAAUUAUUGCACACCUUCGAAGAUUAAGAACAGAGCAGAAAAUAUGGGGGAAGUUCUCCGUGGAGAUCGGAUUGAGAACUCUGUGUAUAGUUUUAGUAUGAGACAACCAGAGUCAUGUAAAAUAGCCUGCCAUGUAAAUCUUUCUGAGGCAUCUGCAAAGAAUUUCAGAAAGAAGAUUAAUGGUGAUUAUCGGGUUAACAUGAUUCUGGACAACCUUCCUGUUGCGGUUCUUUGGCAACGGAUGGAUCGAACGAAGCAAAAGAUUUAUGAACGCGGCUUUCGGGUUGGAUUUAAAGGAAAAGAUUCUGGAAAAUAUUACAUCAACAAUCAUCUGAAUUUCAAAGUCAAGUAUCAUUUUGAUCCUGAUGACGGCACGGCUCGCGUUGUCGGUUUUGAGGUCACUCCUCUAAGUAUCAAUCAUCAGUACAAGAAAUGGAAUGGAAACAACACAAAGUUAUCAACCUGCAAAACAAGUAGCCAAACGGUGCUUCGAUCAGGUAUACAUCCUCAAGAAAUAGAAUCGGGCAAGGAGAUAGUAUUCACUUACGACAUCUAUUUCGAGUCUAGCGACAUCAGAUGGGCGUCGAGAUGGGACACGUACCUUCUUAUGAACAACAGCCAGAUCCACUGGUUCUCCAUCAUCAACUCCCUGAUGAUCGUCGUUUUCUUGUCUGGCAUGGUCGCUGUCAUCAUGCUGCGAACCCUUUACCGGGACAUCACCAACUACAAUCAGCUCGAGCAUGACGAGAUGCAAGAUGAAACCGGGUGGAAAUUGGUUCAUGCAGACGUCUUCCGACCCCCAAACAACUGCAAGUUAUUAUGCGUUUAUCUCGGGACAGGCAUCCAAGUCUUCGGAAUGGCAUUCGUGACUAUGAUAUUUGCAGUUCUCGGAUUCCUCUCGCCUUCCAACCGAGGAGGACUAAUGACAGCCAUGGUUUUUCUCUGGGUCUUCAUGGGCCUCUUCGCCGGCUACUCUUCAGGUAAUCUCUACAAAAAAUUCGACGGCGCAGACUGGAAAACGACUUCCCUGAAAACCGCCUUCAUGUUCCCCGGCGUUCUCUUCGCAAUUUUCUUCAUCCUGAAUGCUCUCAUUUGGGGUCAGAAAUCUUCCGGCGCAGUCCCUUUCGGGACAAUGUUCGCUCUGGUCUUCUUAUGGUUCGGCAUAUCGCUCCCAUUAGUAUUCCUCGGAAGUUUCUUGGGCUUCAAAACUUCAAGAACCGAAAACCCUGUCCGGACAAAUAAAAUUCCGAGGCCAAUUCCCAUGCAGCCAUGGUACAUUAAGCCAAUUCCUACAAUGCUUUUCGGAGGACUUCUCCCAUUCGGUGCAGUCUUCGUUGAGCUCUUCUUCAUAUUAACAUCGGUCUGGCUGAAUCAAUUCUACUACAUCUUCGGAUUCCUGUUCCUCGUAUUCGUCAUACUUUUGAUCACUUGUGCUGAGGUAGCUAUAGUUGCUUGCUACUUUCAGCUCUGCUGCGAAGACUACCGGUGGUGGUGGCGAUCUUUUAUGACUUCCGGCGCCUCAGCGGUGUAUCUGUUUCUAUAUUCGAUCUUUUAUUUCUUCACUAAGCUGGAAAUUACUGAUCUUGUUUCGGGAAUUCUGUACUUCGGCUACAUGUUUAUCAUCGCCUACGCCUUUUUUAUCGUCACCGGGGCGACGGGAUUCUGCGGGAGCUUCUGGUUUGUUCACAAGAUUUACUCGUCUGUGAAAAUCGAUUAGCUUUGGAGGAGGAUCUAUGAUCAUAUAUAGAGUGAAAGAAGAGAUGAACAAGGUAUGUGUUAAGCUUCAAAAAUUUUAUACAAGAAUUGUUAACUGACUAAUAUAUGUAAUUAUAUAAGAUAUCUAUCUGUCUUUGUCUUUGCAUGUUUUUUUUUGAGUCGACUAUGAUUCCUAUACGUAGAUUA